AUGUACGAAGGGAUUGACAACCUGAAAUCCCUUUACGACCGUGCCGGGAAGACUUUCUCCGGCGGUCCUUCUGCGGCACAGGAUGUGCCGCGUCGUACUGCUCAACCAGACCCAGUACGUCGACCAUCAGUUGGGAGCGGGGCUCCCAAGUAUCCCAGGACGGGGGAUAGCCGCGCCACCGGACGAGAUAACUCGUCCGACGUCCGUUCACGUCGCGGUGGUUCAAUAUCUGCUCAACUAGAUAGCGCUGGCCACCGCGAGAGUCCUCUAAUGGAGGUGGAGGAGGAGGAAAGACGCUCUCCACACGAUCAUGUGGAUCGGUGUGUUCCCGAGAGCUUCUUUGAUCGCGUAACGCAAGGGUUACGCGACGAUCUCGAACAUGAGCGGAAUAGGCGUCUCCAAAUGGCGGACACUGCCUUGAAGCAUCGAGCUGAGUUUGCCUUUGCUCUGAUUGAGAACGAGAGAGCUCUGACAUCUCUUCGUGACGAGCUAAGGGUAGCUCGUGGGAUUGUUGAUCGGUCUCGGGAUGAGAUAGCUGCUCUUCAGACCCUUGUUGAUGCCCACCAUCGGGAGCACAAGGCUCUCUGCGAGAUGCUUGAGCGCAAGGGCGUUCUUCAUCGGAAGAAGCAGCGUACUGAUGGUACGGCUUAA